AUGAUUCCAACACUGAGAUUACUAUCACGUUCUGUAUGGAAAGGACCAAAUAUCGUUCCUUUGCCAAUUAAAGAAGCUUUGGAAAAAGGCACGCCGAUUAGAACGAACGCUAGGUCUGCAACCAUACUCCCUCAGUUCGUGGGGCUGAAAUUUCAAGUACACAAUGGGAAGGAAUAUGUAGCAUUUGAAGUUACAGAAGAUAUGGUUGGUAGUAAGUUAGGUGAGUUUGUACCAACCAGAAAGAGAUUCAGUUACACUCAAACCAAGAAUAAAUGA